ACUCAGAGUCCUUGCCCUUAUCCCAUCAUCACAGUCAUAAGGGGUGCAUUUCCAUUCGAGCCAAUGACCGAACGCCAAACACACAACCCGACCCGUGCCCCCACCGGCGAGGCCUGGUAGCCGGCCACCGGAGCGUCGACCAUGCGACUGAUAGUGCCCUUGCAAGGGGUUGUCCAAGGCCGCGGCGGCCUUCUCUUAGGGUCUCUCAUCCCCUGUGCACUCUUCUACUUCCUCCAACUCUACCUUAAACGACACCGUUCACCGCCAUCAUCGCCCCCUUCAGCCCGGCACGCCGCUCCGGAGCUGCCCCGGUCGUCGUCGCGGUCCGUCUUGUCGACCCAUGGAUCCAUAGAGCCUGCAAGGAUCUCCGCCAGGGCCGGUCCGAUUGCAGAACCGAGUGAUUCGCCCUACUAUGUGGGUUGGGAGAGGGUUUCGCAGGAUCCAUACGAUGCUUUGGCUAAUCCAGGCGGUAUCAUUCAGCUCGGAUUGGCCGAAAACAGGCUGUCGCUGGAUUUGAUUGAGAAAUGGGUUUUGGAGAACUGUAAUGGUUGGAUAAUUGGAGGUGGAGAUGAUAAUUCCGUUAUAAGUGGGCUCGCGAGAUACCAGCCAGUGGAUGGAUUAAUGGAGUUGAAAGUGGCUGUGGCAUGUUUCAUGUCUCAAGUCAUGGGAGGAGCAGUUUCAUUUGAACCAUCACAACUAGUGUUAACAUCUGGUGCAACUCCUGCGGUUGAGAUGCUCUGCUUCUGCUUGGCAGACCAUGGGGAUGCAUUUCUUGUUCCCACUCCAUAUUAUCCUGGUUUUGACAGGGAUAUGAAAUGGCGAACAGGGGUGGAGCUGAUCCUGGUUCAUUGUUGCAGCUCUGACAACUUCACUUUGAGUAUUACUGCUGUUGAUCAAGCUUUUAACCAGGCCAGAAAACGAGGUGUAAAAGUCCGUGGCAUUCUCAUUUCGAACCCUUCAAACCCUGUUGGCAAUAUCUUGUCCAGGGAAACACUCUACGGUCUUUUGAACUUUGCUAGGGAGAAGAACAUCCACAUUAUUUCUGAUGAAAUAUUUGCUGGUUCCACCUUUGGGAGUGAGGAGUUUGUGAGCAUGGUAGAGAUACUUGACUCAGAGGAUUUGGACAAGAAUAGGGUUCAUAUAAUAUAUGGGCUGUCAAAAGACCUGUCUCUUGCAGGCUUUAGACUCGGUGUUAUAUAUUCCUUCAAUGAAAAUAUUUUAGCUGCAGCCAAAAAGUUAUCGAGGUUUUGUUCUGUUUCAACUCCGACUCAGCGGCUACUGAUUUCAAUGCUUUCAGAUACAAGACUCACCAAGGAAUACAUUGAAUCCAACAGACAAAGGAUACAGAAAAUGCAUGCUUUGUUUGUUGAGGGUUUGAAACAAUUGGGAAUAGAGUGUGCAAAGAGCAGUGCUGCUUUAUACUGUUGGGUUAAUAUGAGCAAAUUAAUCCACCCCUACAGUGAGAAAGGGGAGAUCGAGUUGUGGGAUAAGCUGUUAAAUAUUGCUAAGAUCAAUGCUACUCCUGGGUCUGCUUGCCACUGCAUUGAACCGGGAUGGUUCCGGUGUUGUUUUACCACAUUAGCUGAAGAUGAUAUUCCUGUAGUUAUGGAGAGGAUUCGGAAAGUUGCUGAAACUUGCAAAUCUGCCAGUUGAAAAACUAUGGGCUUAUAAUGUUUUCGAUCAGAUAUACCUUCUUUGCCAGUGACAGUGGAAUGAAUUUUUGGGGAGAAAGGGGGCGCGGGGGGGGGGGGGGGGGGGGGGGGGAGAUGGGGGGAUGAUGGCAGUCGCAUACCCUCUUCCCCCUUAUAUAAAACUAAGGAGUUGCCUUACAGUUGCCCCUCCCCAGAUAAAAAUUCCAUCUUAUAUUUUCUACUCUGAAAUCUUUUGAUGUGAUAUAUACUUAGCUCUUGCAAGAAAUCAAAAGCAUUGCUUUGUGAGAAA